AUGUCGCCAAUCGCUGUGCCCGCGCUGAAGUUCGUUUUAGUGUUCGCCAUUCUGGUCAGCCAAGGAUUUUGUCAGCUUACCUUCUCGCAGGGCUGGGGAAAGCGAAAGGACCCAAGGAUGAACGAGGCAGCGUCAUGCGUCGCCUUCUACCGAACAUCGUUGUCCACAAUGUACUCGUACUUUCUGUCCACGUACACAAAGUAUCGCGAAUGUCUGCAGGACAUCGAGGACGUUGAAAAGUAUGAAUUCAGGUAAAU